UUCUUUUUUUUCGUGUCGUAUGACAUUCGGAGGGAUAUUUUUGAUAACUUUAAUAGUUUCUUGUUAAAGGGGUGUAAGUAUGAUACUCUGCCUUGGUAGCGUCCAAAUUACUUCUGAGCAUGUUAUAAUCUUCCAUGUUGUUGGGUUUAAAGACGGUCCGGUUAUAUUUGUACUUUAUAGUUCUCCCUGUAGGUUUUUCCUAAACUACUUUAUCGAGUUUGUAUGGAAUCCAUUUCCGACUAUGCCUCGUAUUGGUAUUGUACUCACUGUUUUGCUUUUCUUCGAGAUUCAGCUUCUACCUCUUCGUGCCUCUUUCGAUUUUAGAAGCACUCUCAACGGUCUUCUAAGAUGGACAUAUUGUGAUACGACAAUAUGGCAACCUACGACGACCUCGAUCGAACUGACUUUGUUGAAAGGAUUAGAUGUACUGGAAAUUGGAUGGCUUGGCGGAAUACCACAGAGUCACGUACCGGCAGUUCAUGUUAAGAGCAGCGUCGACAACGGAACCUUGACCGAUGGCAGUGUAACUCUGUAUGAAAAUGGAAUUUCACUAAUCGUCAAAAAACGGGCAAAUGACGUUUACGAGUUUCAAGGAAAUUGGAGAUGGCUGACCUUUGGAGGAGACACCGAAGGAGAGUUCCACGCAUCGGUGGAUUGGGACCAAUUGAAAAUCCACACGGAUUUCAACUUACAAGAAAAGUUCGUUUUCACCGUCCAUCUGCAUCUCCAAACGUUGAACGGAGUGUUCCGAGGUGAUAAAACCGGCCUUCAGACCUACGAAGUGACUGCAGGUUCGUCCAGGUUCUCUUUAAAGGUGUCCGGAAAAGCCAAAGGGUUUGUCACCAAUUACCAAGUUCACACCGAAGUCCCAUUCGAACUGGCCGAUGUCAACAGUAAACUCGUGGUCAACUUCGACAAUAACGACAGUCAAUACAAAGCUUUGAGCGGAGCUCUGUGGCUCGGGCCGGUCGGCCUUCAAGUUGACUUCGACAACAAGGGGAAAUUUUUCUGCAUCGGCCAUUUGAAUUUUGCAGACGUUUUUAAGGCGACCGCCCGAGUGAACACGAACAAUGGAUACUUGAAGUUCCAUUCAACUUUUCGUUACUCCUUUGAGCACGCCGUGAUCAAUGCCGAGGUGAACGCCGAUUUGGAAGGCGCCUAUGAUGUAGAAACUAAACUUGCACUUGCAAAAAGCCUCCAUCUGAAAGUUAAAAUAGACAAGAAGGGAAACAUCUCAGGUGGCAUCAGGUUUGAGAAAAACGGAUAUGGUUUUCAGAUCGACAGCAACACUAAUGCAAAUUUACAAAUAGAAAUUGUAGCCAACGAACAGAACUCCUUAAAUUAAUUCACCAGGGCCUCAUAUCGCUCAAUAUUGCACCUAUAUACAUAACUAUUAAUCAAAUCGGGUUCCCACCGCUUUCUACUUGAAAAAUCAACACGCAAAAUCUCUAAAACUUGUAUAAUUUUAAGCCUAUGUUUUCGAUUUAUAUAUCAUAUUUGUAACAAAAAUAAAAUUAAGUUUUAAGCAUGA